CCGGCUCAGUCGUCGUGCGGGAGUGGUCGUCGAGGGAUGUGUGGUAUCGUAGCCGCGAGUGUGACCGAGGAAUAAAGAGCCGGCAAGAGUUUUUAGUUUCCCGUUCGCGCUCUCGAGUCCACGCUCCGCUCGUCCGUCUCCCGCGUGUUUCCCCCCCGGUUGCAGAGAGCGAGGAAGGAAAGGAGGAAGAGGAAGGAAGGAAGGAAGGAAGGAAGAAAGGGGGAAAGGUGGAAAAGCCCCGGAGUUAUUAACCGGCAGUCGUGUGGCGGUUGCAGCCCGUCGUUACCGCGGCACGCAACGUUCCUUCGCCCGCUCCUCCCCCCGCGCGCUCCGACCCGAGCCGGUGCACGGAUCUACGCACAAAUCGUGCAUUCACGUCGUUAUUUAUUGUACAAAGGACUAUAAGCCAUAGCCGACACAAUGUCCGUGGAUAAGGAGGAAUUAGUGCAGCGUGCGAAGCUUGCCGAGCAGGCGGAAAGGUACGAUGACAUGGCGUCCGCGAUGAAGGCGGUCACCGAGACGGGAGUCGAGCUGUCGAACGAGGAAAGGAACCUGCUCUCGGUGGCGUACAAGAAUGUCGUAGGGGCGAGACGUAGCUCGUGGCGGGUAAUCUCCUCCAUCGAGCAGAAGACCGAGGGCUCCGAACGCAAACAGCAGAUGGCCAAGGAAUACCGGGAAAAGGUCGAGAAGGAAUUGCGCGAGAUCUGCUACGAUGUAUUGGGACUCCUGGAUAAGUACCUGAUCCCCAAGGCUAGCAAUGCCGAGAGCAAAGUAUUCUACCUCAAGAUGAAGGGUGACUACUACAGGUAUCUCGCAGAAGUCGCCACCGGUGAAACCAGAAAUACCGUGGUAGACGACAGCCAGAAGGCAUACCAGGAUGCCUUCGAAAUCAGCAAGUCAAAGAUGCAGCCUACCCACCCGAUCAGGCUAGGUCUCGCCCUCAACUUUUCUGUCUUCUAUUACGAGAUUCUCAACUCACCAGACAAGGCCUGUCAACUGGCCAAACAGGCGUUCGACGAUGCGAUCGCGGAGCUGGACACACUUAAUGAAGACAGCUACAAAGAUUCCACAUUGAUCAUGCAGCUGCUGCGCGACAACCUCACUCUGUGGACCAGUGACACGCAGGGCGACGGGGACGAGCCACAGGAGGGCGGCGACAACUAACCUUCCUAAGCUUAAGUCCUUUCUAAACCUAAUAAGAACAUCCUAUUCUCUAUCGUCCCCCCGUCCCCCUGAAGUGCUCACCCAUAUGUCCAUCCACCCAGAUCCAUCCAUCCAUGUCCACCUGACCUCUCGUCCCUCGCGUACCUCGUUUCCUUCUUUCCUUCCUUCCUUCCAAUCGCAAGCCUCCCUUUUCCUUGAGUCACUCCCUUUUUCAGAAAAGAAAAACUGAUCCCUCUCUCUUUUCUCUCUCUAUCUUUCUCUCUUUUUAUCCUGACAUGACCGCACACUGCUGCCAAUGCCACCGCCACAGCUGCUACGUCCGGUUCGAAAAAUUCGAACGUCGAGGGCACCCGAAUUAUCCACUAAUGCUCGAUCGUGCCCGAUGAUUCGCGGACGAUGACAAGAAAAGGAUCUUAAAGAUGAAACUUGGACUCGGAACUGGAUUCUCGGUCGAUAACCGGAGUAGAAGGGCGAGAACGUUGCUCGUGCGUGAAGCGUGUAUCGAGUCAAACUGGUACACGAGAGAGCCAUCAUCGACGAGGAGAGAAGGACGAUCGAGUAGGGCGUGGAUCAUUCGGUCUCUCGCGCGCGAAAAUUUCUUAGACAAAAGAGAUCCAUCUAUUCACCCGUUUGUAUGGAGGAACUGGAAGGAGCGAAUUGUGGAUGAAUAGAGGAAAGGACAGGAGGAGACACACACACACUCACAUCUUCCCCGCAUACCCUGUCUCGUUGACACGAAAAUCAUUGCGCGGACGCAGUCAACGCGUGCGUGCGCCCCAUUGUCGAUAACGCACAUGGCGGGAAAACGAAAGCAAACGCUAGAUCAUUUGACUCUUGCGAAUAGAAGACGAGAAAGUGAUGUACUGCUAAAAGGGUAAAUUUUACACACACACACACACACACACACAUAUAUAUACACAUACAUACACACACACAUAUACACAUACAUACACACACACAUCGGGACGAGACAUGGAAUGCAGAGGACCGACCGACCCUCUGUCGUUACUCCCAAAAUCUGCUCGCUGCUUACCAUCUCAAAAGAAAAGAAACAUAAAAUUAGAACGAGAGAAAAGAAACAGCGCGGAGGUACGAGAAGAAGCGAAGAGAACGAGGAAAUGAAAAGAAAGCACGCAUGAAUCUACUGCAUUAUAUCCAGUUGUCAUUUAAAUUAAAUUUCACAUUGUCUAGCAAGUAACGAAUAUUAUUAUACGAAGGGAAGAGUGCAGGAGGAGAAAGGAGAGUAAAAACAAAUACAUUAAGUUAUUAAGUUCCAAAAUGGACAUCAGUGGUGACUUGAUUUUUCAAA